CUAUUUUGUGCACCAAAACCAAACCAAAGUGAAACACGCAGAAUCUUACUUCCACGGCUUCUCAAUUGUGUAUCAACUAAAGAAAAACAUCAUCGAAAACAUCAAAAUCGUAUAUUUCAGUUGACACAAUUCGUGGGUGGCGAGGGGAACUGAGAAAAUUGACGAAGGAGAAAAAAAAAAGAAAAAAGAAAAAAGAAAAAAGAAAAAAAGAUGGAAGGUGUGGUAUUGACAUGCAGAAGGGAGCGUAAGCCAAAAUGGCAUAUGCGAGGGAGAUAAAUAAUAUGCCAAGAAAUACCGUUACGAGAGCGUGCCACGUGUAACUCUACAUGGCAUUCAGCCAUCGCAUCUUCCAUCCUUCAACACAGCCCCCACUCUCAUGUCCAUCACCACCUUCUUCUUCCCUUCCGAAUCUCUCUCCUUUUCCUCUUUCUCAAUCUCACCACCCUUUUCUGCAAUCCCAACACCCUAGGUUAUACUGUGUUCCAGAGAACCAUCGACACUGCCCGAGCCCGUUAAUUAUUUUCCUUUCGCUCAUAUUUUCACUCCCAAAUUUCAAAUUUUUCCAUCUGGGCAUUGCGCUAUUCACCGGGUAUCGCUGAUGGUUCUCUCUGAAUUUGGAUCUGCAAUCGGCUCGUGGUUGUUCUCAGAAAUAUGAUGCGAUUGACCUUUUAAUAUUUAUUUAUUUAUUUGUUUAUUUGUUUAUUUGUUUUCCUUAUCUUUAACGUAAUUUGAAAUCAUAGACUCACCUAUUGGGUGGGAGGCGGUUGUGAAACUUUGGAGUUGUUAGAUGUGAUGUGAGUUGUGAUGGUGUGAGUGGUGCUCAUGUGUAAUAAAGGGAUUCAAUGCUUGAGCGAGUGUGAGAGUGUGAUUGAUCAUAGGCAAGAAUUCUUCAUGGAUAGUCCAAUUCGAUCGCCGGCCACCGGUUCGGGUUCCGGUGAUGAAGGCCGGCGUGUUAAGUUCUUGUGUAGCUUUCUGGGGAGCAUAAUGCCUCGCCCCCAAGAUGGGAAGCUUCGUUAUGUUGGUGGUGAGACCCGAAUUGUGAGUGUUCAAAGAGAUGUUAGCUAUGAGGAGUUGAUGGGGAAGAUGAGAGAGCUCUAUGAUGCGGCUGCUGUGUUGAAGUACCAGCAGCCUGAUGAGGAUCUUGAUGCCCUUGUUUCUGUUGUCAAUGAUGAUGAUGUGGUUAACAUGAUGGAAGAGUAUGAUAAGUUGGGGUCAGGGGAUGGAUUCACUAGGCUCAGGAUUUUUCUGUUUUCACAAUCCGAGCACGAUGGUUCCUCUCAUUUUAUUGAUGGGGAUGAUACUGAGAGGAGGUAUGUGGAUGCUUUGAAUAGUUUAAAUGAUGCUUCUGAGUUUAGGAGGUUGCAACCAGGGGAUUUUCCUGUGAUUGGCCCUGUUGAGGACAUACAUAUGGCUGAUCAGUUCUUUAAUCCAAUCAGUGUGGAAACUGGGAUUCAUAGCCAGAGAAGUGGGGACUUAUCUAUGUACAAUAUGCAUCAUUUAACAGUCCAGCACACGCAAACUAUGGGCCAGAGAUAUAAUGAAAUGGAUGCUCCUUGGAAUCCUGCCUAUUACUCUCCUAGGCAUCAUGGUCUCCCUGAUUCCAGGUCAUUGGUUGAGUAUCCAUCUUCUCCUUCCGGUACAAGGUACCGUGUGCCAUAUACUGAAUUUUCAGAUAAAGGCAUUGAUAGAGUGCCGGAAGAGUAUGCUCGACAUCAUGUAAAUCAUCAUCCUGUGUAUGACAAUCAACCACAAUAUUCUGAAAAUGUUAUGUGGGUGCAGACUGGAGCAACACAUGGUGAAAAAUCGGGUUUCGCAGGCAAUGUUCUUCACAGUCCCCAUGUUCUUGAUGGGAACAGUAUAUGUGACCAGCGUCGCAUGGGUUUUCAGAGAUGUCAACCACAUUUGGAGCAUUCUAAUCUUACUAAUGGACUUGCGCCAGUUGCUAAUCCAUGUGCAGAAUGCCCACCGAAUAGGGAUACUUACAUGGUGAAUGCUGAUACAAAGUUACAUCCUCUAAUCUAUCCCAAUGAACCUAAUAAUGAUCAUAGGCCUGUUUAUACCGAUACUCAGAAUCAUGAGAGAGGAUGGGGUUUGCAGCAUCAGCCAACUUCUCGGGUUGAGGAACCAAGAGGACAUGUCUCUGGAUCUGGAAGAGUGAAUGAUGUUCCCGUUGUAAAUGUCUCUCGUGGGAUUGGUAGUGUGGCUGAUGGACAUACAUUGCCUUCCAAUUAUGUUCAUCAGCAGGCUGGACCUGAAGUGGGGACCGAACUGUUCCCUGACCAAACUGUGCCUGCUAUACCACCUAUACAAAUUCCUCCACUGGAAGAAUGCAAUUUGAGGUAUGGAAAUUCACCUUCUGCUUAUGGAGUAGAUAGCAAUUACGCUGUGCCCCGUGGACAUCCAUCUGGUUUCUGGAGAAACGCUCCAAUGCCUGUUCAUGUUGGACCAACUUAUGAGGCAGCUACUGCACCUCAGCAAGUGAACGGUAUGAUAAAUGCAGGAUUAAUAAGGGGAGAGGGCAGUCCAGGAUUUUUCAUGGGGCCAGAUGGUCAACCUAAUUGGGUUGAUUCCUCACAGAAAUUGGCAGGACAUGAUGCUGCAGCCAUCCCAGAAUAUCCAUAUGCACAUGCUCUGAAGUUGAAUCCAACCCCCCUUGGUCAAGAAAAUCAACUCCCGGUUGUUGGAGAAACCAUUCAUCCCCCACAGGACAAGAAUGCUGGUACCUACUUGGAACCUGUGCAGCUGCCAAAAUCAUCUAAUAUGGUUCACAAUCAGGAUGUUUUAAGAAAUGAUACUCAUGUGGCUGAAUCAAAGAGUUCUGAACCUAAUAGUUUGCUUAGAGAAGGAUUAGAGAUAAAAAUUGAGCAGAAGGUUGAAAAGUCUGAUAUCGAGACUGUAUCUUCAGAGCAAAAUAAAAUUGUUGAGAAUGCAUGUGAAGAUGCUGCUUUUGUUGAGUCUAAUAAUUCAAAGUCAAAACCUGAAGCAGACUGUGGGCAUGUUGAGAAACUGGCUGAUAAGGACCAUUCUGUUCCAGAAGAUUCUAAGCAUUCAGUUAAUCAGUUCAGCUUCUUGCCUGAUUUGAUUGCUUCUGUAAAAAAGGCUGCAUUAGAAGAUGCCGAUGAGGCAAAAGCGACAGCUGGUAAACUUGCCAAUUCUCAAAAUCGCCAUUCAGAUGCCAAAGCUGAAACAGCAAAUGAAGUGGAAGCAGCAAAUGCUCAGGGUGAUUUAGAAUUGGAACCUGAAAAUGACCAAGUAGAUACCUCUAAAAUUGAGCCUACAAGGGCUGAGGAAGAAGCAAUUGCUAGGGGAUUGCAGACUAUUAAAAAUGAUGAUUUGGAGGAAAUCCGUGAACUUGGUUCUGGAACCUAUGGAGCUGUUUAUCAUGGGAAAUGGAAAGGAUCUGACGUUGCCAUUAAGAGAAUAAAAGCCAGUUGUUUUGCUGGAAGGCCAUCUGAAAGAGCAAGAUUGAUAGCAGAUUUCUGGAAGGAGGCAUUGAUGUUGAGUUCUUUGCAUCAUCCAAAUGUUGUCUCCUUUUAUGGCAUUGUUCGUGAUGGUCCCGAUGGUUCUUUAGCAACGGUCACAGAGUUCAUGAUUAAUGGAUCUUUGAAACAGUUCUUGCAUAAGAAAGAUAGAACAAUCGAUCGUCGUAAGAGGCUUAUUAUAGCCAUGGAUGCUGCAUUUGGGAUGGAGUAUUUGCACGGAAAAAACAUUGUGCAUUUUGAUUUGAAAUGUGAGAAUUUAUUGGUCAAUAUGAGAGAUCCUCAACGGCCUGUCUGUAAGAUUGGAGACUUAGGUUUAUCAAAGGUUAAACAGCACACUCUAGUGUCUGGUGGAGUACGGGGGACUUUGCCAUGGAUGGCACCUGAACUUCUUAGUGGGAAAAGCAAUAUGGUGUCAGAUAAGAUUGAUGUCUACUCAUUUGGAAUAGUCAUGUGGGAAUUACUCACAGGAGAUGAACCCUAUACUGAUAUGCACUGUGCUUCAAUAAUAGGAGGAAUAGUAAACAACACUUUACGUCCUCAAAUCCCAACAUGGUGUGAUCCUGAGUGGAAGUCUCUAAUGGAAAGUUGUUGGGCUUCUGAUCCUGUAGAAAGGCCAUCUUUUUCAGAAAUUUCAAAGAAGCUGAGGAGUAUGGCCGCUUCAAUGAAUGUGAAGUAGUCAAUUGAUCUUGAAUCAGUUAAUUGGCCUUCUCACAUUGUAUGUAGCCUAGAAUUGGUAAAAGAAGGGAAAUAAGGUGAAGCAUGGUUCUUCCAGUUCAAGGCACCAACAAGCUUAGCUUUAGAAAGGGAAAAAAUAAUUUAAAGGAGUAUUUAAGCUUAUUAUACAAGCUUGUAUCGUAGUAUCAUCAUGCCUUGGUUUAGUCUAAAAAGUCUUUUGUAAUGUUGCCUUCAAUGGUAUUUUCCUUGGUGCAGUUACUUGCACUAUAGCAUGGAUUCUCUCCCAGAAGCAGCAUGGUGUUCUGAAGAUACUAGCCACAAUGUGAAACAUCAAUAUGUCACAAUUUUUAUACGUGAUCAGGGUGAUGGUAGCAGUAGUUGUGGCUUUACCAUCACUAAGGAACCAUGCCUUCUGGAGAGAUGUGUACAUAAAUCAACCAAUGACAUAUCUCCUGUGCUUUCACAUGGAGAGGAUAAUGACGAAUUGUGCUUCCCAUUUGCUGAUGGAACAAUUUCAAUUUGUCAUCAAUAUUUUUGUUUGAAUUGCUUUAUUAUAUAUCAUAUUGAUAUAGUAUAUUCAUAAUGACAUGAAUGUGCAUACUUAAAGAUGUGUUUAAGCUUUUGAAGCUGUAUAAAUAAAGGUAAUUUUUUUCAUACUA